AUGACUCCUCCCUCCCUCACAGAGACAGACAUCCUGGAUGUGAUGUUGGCGUUCUGGAGUCUGCUGGCCCACAGCCCCCCGGCUAUCUGGGACGCUUCGCUGACCUGGGCCAGCCCAGUACAGCCCAGUACAGCCUCGUACAGUACAGUCCAGUACAGCCCAGCCCAGUACAGCCCAGUUCAGCCCAGCCCAGUACAGCCCAGUACAACCCAGCCCAGUACAGCCCAGUACAGCCUCGUACAGUACAGUCCAGUACAGCCCAGCCCAGUACAGCCCAGUACAGCCCAGCCCAGUACAGCCCAGUACAGGCCAGCCCAGUUCAGCCCAGCCCAGUUCAGCCCAGCCCAGUGCAGCCCAGUUCAGCCCAGUACAGCCCAGCCCAGUACAGCCCAGCCCAGCCCAGUACAGCCCAGGCCAGCCCAGUUCAGCCCAGCCCAGUGCAGCCCAGUACAGCCCAGUCCAGGCCAGCCCAGUACAGCCCAGUACAGCACAGUUCAGCCCAGUUCAGCCCAGUUCAGCCCAGUACAGCCCAGUUCAGCCCAGUACAGCCCAGGCCAGCCCAGUACAGGCCAGCCCAGUUCAGCCCAGCCCAGCCCAGUACAGCCCAGUUCAGCCCAGCCCAGUGCAGCCCAGUUCAGCCCAGUGCAGCCCAGUACAGCCCAGCCCAGCCCAGUACAGCCCAGUUCAGCCCAGCCCAGUGCAGCCCAGUUCAGCCCAGCCCAGCCCAGUACAGCCCAGUACAGCCCAGUACAGCCCAGUACCCUGGAGAUCAACUCUGUAGACCCUGCUCCCUGCACCCACCCUGUAAGACCCUGGAUUGACCCCGGUCCCAGACUCCCUGGUCCGCCGCCUCCCAUUGUCCCCAGCCUCCCUGGUCCCCAGCCUCCGUGGUCCCCGUCACCCGUGGUUCCCAGCCUCCGUGGUCCCCAGCCUCCGUGGUCCCCAGCCUCCGUGGUCCCCAGCAUCCGUGGUCCCCAGCCUCCGUGGUCCCCGUCACCCGUGGUUCCCAGCCUCCGUGGUCCCCAGCCUCCGUGGUCCCCAGCCUCCGUGGUCCCCAGCCUCCGUGGUACCCAGCCUCCGUGGUCCCCGUCACCCGUGGUUCCCAGCCUCCGUGGUCCCCAGCCUCCGUGGUCCCCAGCCUCCGUGGUCCCCAGCCUCCGUGGUCCCCAGCCUCCGUGGUCCCCAGCCUCCGUGGUCCCCAGCCUCCGUGGUCCCCAGCCUCCGUGGUCCCCAGCCUCCGUGGUCCCCAGCCUCCGUGGUCCCCAGCCUCCGUGGUCCCCAGCCUCCCUGGUACCCAGCCUCCCUGGUACCCAGCCUCCCUGGUACCCAGCCUCCCAUGGUCCCCAGCCUCCCUUGUACCCAGCCUCCCUGGUACCCAGCCUCCCUGGUACCCAGCCUCCCUGGUACCCAGCCUCCCAUGGUCACCAGCCUACGUGGUCCCCGUCACCCGUGGUUCCCAUCCUCCGUGGUCCCCAGCCUCCCGUGGUCCCUAGCAUCCCUGGUACCCAGCCUCCCUGGUACCCAGCCUCCCGUGGUCCCCGCCUCCCGUGGGCUCUGUCCUCCGUGGUCUCUGUCCCCCGUGGUCUCUGUCCCCCGUGGUCUCUGUCCCCCGUGGUCUCUGUCCCCCGUGGUCUCUGUCCCCCGUGGUCUCCGUCCCCCGUGGUUCCCGUCCUCCGUGGUCCCCGUCCUCCGUGGUCCCCGUCCUCCGUGGUCCCCGUCCUCCGUGGUCCCCGUCCUCCGUGGUCUCUGUCCCCCGUUGUCCCCAGCCUCCGUGGUCCCCAGCCUCCGUGGUCCCCGUCCUCUGUUGUCUCUGUCCUCCGUGGUCCCCGUCCUCCGUGGUCUGUCCCCCGUGGUCUCUGUCCCCCGUAG